UUCCCAUCCCAUCCCUUCCCAUCUUUAUAUAAUAACAAGAAGCCAACAUUAACCUCUCAUUACCUGACUCCCUCCUUCUCCUUCCAACCAAAACCUCUCAUUCAACCUUUUGCAUGGAUGAUGGACAUCUCCACUAAUCCCUUCAACCAAGUAAACAUGAUGCUUAGUGCUUGCUCUAAUGGUGAUUAUCAUCAUCAUCAUCAUCAUGUUCAACAAGAGCAACAACAACAACAACAACAACAACAACAAGAGAAGAAGCCAAGACCACAACAAGAACAAGCAUUGAAGUGUCCAAGAUGUGAGUCAAUCAAUACUAAGUUCUGUUACUACAACAACUAUAGUCUCUCUCAACCAAGAUACUUCUGCAAAGGUUGUAGAAGGUAUUGGACUCAUGGUGGUUCUCUUAGGAAUGUCCCUGUUGGUGGUGGUUGUAGAAAAAACAAGAGAUCCAACUCUUCUUCCUCUUCUUCUUCAAAUUCUACUUCAACUUCUUCAUCUUCUGCUUCAACUUCUUCUUCUUCUUCACCUUCUUCUUCUUCUUCUUCUUCUUCUUCAACUAUAACAACAACAGCAACAGCAACAGCAACUACCAUUCUUCCACCUCCACCACCACCACCACCACCAUUCUAUGACUCUUUCUUUAUUCAAAACCCUAACCCUAAUCCUAGUCAUGGGUUUCUUGAUAUUUUAAGUGGAGGUGGUAAUGUUAAUGCUAGUCAUCACAACUUCUACUUUGGGAAUGUGCAAGACAUGGACAUGGUUGUGCCAUUUGAAGGUGGUUUAAUUCCUUGCAAGAGUUUUGAUGGAGAAGAUCACAACAACAACAACAACAACAUCAACAACAACAAGGUUUUGAUGGGGCUUCCAUGGCAGUUUAAUAAUGGAGAUGUGAGCAUGGGUUUUGAUUAUGCAUCAUGGCAUGGGCUCAUCAAUAGCUCUCUCAUGUAGAGGUACUAGUACUACAUUUGUUUAGGCCUUUCUUAAUUUUCAUCAUUUUCUUUUUCUCUUUUGAAGUUCUACUUUGUAAUGUUGUUGUUCUUGUUAGUUCUUGUUGUUGUUGUUGUUGUUGUUGUUUAUGUGUGCUUUUAAGCAAUUAUGAGUCAUAUACUUUGGAUUAAUAUGAGGAAUUUGAGAGAUAAUGUUUUAUCAA